AUGUCGUUUCACUUAUAUGAAGAUGAUGGGCAGAAUUUUAGCAAAAUAGAUAAGGCACUUGUUUGUCACUCGUUCCUAUCUAAAUGGCAAUCUGCCAAAUUCAUCGAUUUGCCAAGAUACCGGUCCGAUCACAAACCACUGUUACUUCUCUGCUUAGAUGUGUACUUUGGCAAACCUCCUUUGAUAUUCUUUAACUCGUGGUUAAAGGAGGAUGGCCUAGAAAACAUUGUUCAUUUGGCUUACCAAAGUGUAAGUCCUUUUCAUCCACCGGAUAAAUUGUUGGCUAAAAGACUUCAAGCAAUCAAGGCGGCUAUCGAACCAUGGUGUGUAGAGGUUUUUAAGAAAAAUAAUGGUUUGUUGAAAGAAAUUGCGAAGAAAGUGGAAGACCUUGACUUAAAGGCGGAAACAGUGGUGUUGUCCGAUGUGGAUGUUAAGAAAAGGAAGAUAUGGUUGAAAACUAUCAAUGAAAUUGAUGAUAGUAGGAUGGAGGAUCUUAAGCAAAGGGCAAAACUAAAAUGGGUGGUAGAUGCGGACGAAAACUCAUCUCUUUUUCAUGGUAUAAUCAAGGGUCAUCAAAAAAACAACCGUAUCAAUGGAUUGAUCUUCAAUGACGUGUGGGUAUCACAACCAGAUGCACUAAAAACAUAA